CGCAGCAUUGAUCCAAAGUUGGAUCAAUGGGAAUCGCAGCAUUAGGUUCUUAAAGUUGGAGGGCCCCGCUUAGCUGAGGACUUUUCUUGGAUCUAGUCAUUACUUCCUCUUUAUGGAGAGACGAGCAGUUCACAAUUGACAGUUGGACCGCGAAGAAAGGCAAUGACCACUUUGCAUGCCAAAUCAGAAAAUGUUAAAGCUCAGGGAGCGGAAUGCAAACUGUGCCUGAAUUAGGAUCCAAGUGCAAACUGCGCUCCAAAUCGGAAGGGAACAAUAUCCGAAGGAUUUCCGUUUCUGUACGAAGAAACCGCUGCUCAAUUAAGGAUUUAUUACCAAAAUAGCUCUCUCUCGGGUUGCUCACUAAAUAACUGCACAUUACAGGUGACCCGAUUUUCCUCUUUUGCAUAUUGUUGUUUUCCGUGAUUUGAUCUGUCCGGAUUCCGAGGUGGCUUCAAGUUCUGUAUUCAAUUGCUGAUUGAAGCUGCAGAGUAAUGCCUUGAUUUCCGAGUUUUUCAUCUGCUGAAGAUACAGUGGAUUAAGUUCAAAUUGAACGUACUGCUGAUAUCUGGAGCGACCUGUUAAUGAAGGGGUAUUUGAAGGAAGAAAAAUGAAGGAUGAUACAUUGUGGUCGGAGGUAAAAUGACUGGGGUGUCAUUGGGUGUUCGUACUGGGAGCUAUGGAUCAUUGCAGCAGGCGCAAAAUGAGAUGUUGCAUACUCAAAAUUUUUUCAUUCUGCGCAAGACUCCAAAGAUGUCACUUUCUGGUUCCAGAGAGAAAGAGAGGUUUCUUCCAUACAUUUGUAGAAUUUUACUCCGAAGACAGGUGGGGAUGCUAAUUUUGGUCACUUUUGCACUUUUGGUUUUUACAACAGGAUUCUUAACAGUAAACAAAGAGGAUGUAUCUGGAAGCUCAUCUUUGGAUUUUGAAGAAGGAUUUUGGAGUAGCACAUAUUAUGUAUCUUCACUCUUGAACAGAAAGGUUGCGUCUUGUGGUGCAAAUAAGGACCACAUGGUUUCUCUCAAUACCUCUGUUAAUAUGCUUUCUAUUGACAAUGCUGCUGCCAAGCCCCACCCUUGCAGAAACUUUGCAUUUCCUCCUCCCCCUCCGGGUGAGAGGAGGCGGAUUGGGCCACGCCCAUGCCCUGUAUGCUAUCUUCCCGUGGACCAGGCUAUUGCUAGAAUGCCCAGAACCCCUUCACCGUCACCUGUUCUCAAUCAUCUAACUUAUUAUCGUGAAAUUAAUCCCACAAAGACUUAUUCUCGUGGAGGUUCAGACUUUGGUGGGUAUCCUUCUUUGAUGCAGAGGAACGAUUCUUUUGACAUAAAAGAAUCGAUGACGGUACACUGUGGGUUUGCCAAAGGAUGUACACCUGGAGAUCAAACUGGGUUUGAUAUUAAUGCUUCCGAUCUAAGGGAGAUGGAGGACUUCCAUGAAGUCAUUGUUGCAUCAGCCAUAUUUGGGAACUACGAUGUGAUUCAACAACCAAGGAAUGUCAGCUCCAUUGCAAGAGAACAUGUUCCCUUCUAUAUGUUUGUUGAUGAAGAGACAGAAACAUCCUUAAGGAAUUCUAGUCAUUUAUAUCACAACAACAGGGUCGGACUGUGGAGGAUAAUUCGUGUUCACAAUGUGCCUUACAACGAUGCAAGACGCAAUGGGAAGGUGCCCAAACUUUUGCUGCACAGACUCUUUCCAAAUGUCCGGUAUUCAAUUUGGAUUGAUGGAAAGCUUCAGCUUGUGGCAGAUCCAUACCAAAUUCUUGAGAGGUUUUUGUGGAGGGAGAAUGCUACUUUUUCCAUUUCACGGCAUUAUAGACGCUUUGAUGUAUUUGAAGAAGCUGAAGCUAAUAAAGCUGCAGGAAAGUACAAUAAUGAAUCCAUUGAUCACCAGAUUGGCUUUUAUAAGAAAGAGGGUCUAACGCAUUAUUCUGAGGCUAAGCUUCCUAUAACAAGUGAUGUUCCUGAGGGUUGUGUAAUCAUAAGGGAGCACAUUCCCAUAACAAAUCUGUUCACUUGUUUGUGGUUCAAUGAGGUUGAUAGAUUUACCUCCAGGGACCAGUUGAGCUUUGCCAUAGUAAGGGAUAGAGUGAUGUCCAAAACAAAUUGGACAGUCAAUAUGUUUUUAGAUUGCGAAAGGCGGAAUUUCGUGAUACAGGCGUAUCAUAGAGAUCUACUUGAGCAAAGGGCUCAAGAAGCCACUGUAAGAGUUCAUUCUCCUCCACCACCACCACCACUUUUGGUUAGUGAUGGGGUCAUAGUAGCUGUUAGAACUCCAGUAAGGAAAAGUGUCAAGCGUGGGAAGAAGGCUGGCUCUAGGCGGCAUAGGAAAAUUGGAGCUGGGCAUAGGGACCAUACAUGAUUUCUUUUAUUUCUUAUUUUUUUAUUUUUUUGGAUGCAAAGUCAAAUCUUUGGUCUGUUCUCAUUUUCUUUUGAUGUCCAUAUAUUGAGCAGACAGGAAGGAACUAUUUUGAUAGGGUAUUUCUUACACGGGAAAAGUACUAGUUUUGCUCUAUAAUGUGUAUCAUUUUGUUUACACUGUAGAUACCGAUUGCAAUAAAACGGUUCACAGUUAUUUCAUAUUGCAAAUGACUCUGAUUUGUUUUUUAAUUUAUUUGUUUUUGUAUUAUCUUGAUUCUUGAAUAUGAUUAUAUAUGAAGCUGUAAAAUGAUUUUA